AUGGCUGAGACGGUUCAAGCUCUUCCUCUUUCUCCUGACGGCGUGAGCCACUUUCCCCGGCCGAGCCUUGGCUGCAGGACUGGACCUGGAACGCUGUGUGUCCAGCGGCAGGAGGAGGUUGGCAGGGAGGGGAGGCCGGGCUCUGCCAGGCAGGUUGAGAGGCCGUGGCAGGAUGAUGGGGGGAUGAUGGGAGGGGAGGAGGUGCAGGAUGAUGGGGGGAUGAUGGGAGGGGAGGAGGUGCAGGAUGAUGGGAGGAUGAUGGGAGGAGAGGAGAUUGCAGGUCCUGUAGCGGUGAUCAGUGGUGAGGAAGACUCUGCCAGUCCUCUUCAUCACGUCAACCAUGGGAUUAUCACCCCGUGCACGCUGGACGCCGGUCCUGAUGCGGUCGUCAUAGGGAUGACUCGUAUUCCUGUGGUGGAGAAUCCUCAGUACUUCAGACACGGACACAACUGCAACAAGCCCACCACUCUUGUGCAGCACAUAAAGCGGAGAGACAUCAUCCUGAAGAGGGAGCUGGGCGAGGGAGCGUUCGGAAAAGUCUUCUUGGCCGAGUGUUACAACCUCAGUCCCACCAAGGACAAGAUGCUGGUGGCCGUCAAGACGCUGAAAGACCCCAACCUGUCGGCCAGGAAGGAUUUCCAGCGGGAGGCGGAGCUGCUGACCAACCUGCAGCACGACCACAUCGUCAAGUUCUACGGCGUGUGCGUGGACGGGGAUCCGCUCAUCAUGGUGUUCGAGUACAUGAAGCACGGUGACCUCAACAAGUUCCUGAGAGCCCACGGCCCCGACGCCAUGAUCCUGGUGGACGGCCAGCCGCUGCAGUCCAACGGCGAGCUGGGCCUGUCGCAGAUGCUGCACAUCGCCACCCAGAUCGCCUCCGGCAUGGUCUACCUGGCCUCCCAACACUUCGUGCACAGAGAUCUGGCAACCCGCAACUGUCUGGUGGGGAACGGCCUGCUGGUGAAGAUCGGAGACUUCGGCAUGUCCAGGGACAUCUACAGCAGCGACUACUACCGGGUUGGAGGACACACCAUGCUCCCUAUCCGCUGGAUGCCGCCCGAGAGCAUCAUGUACAGGAAGUUCUCCACGGAGAGCGACGUCUGGAGCUUCGGAGUGAUCCUGUGGGAGAUCUUCACCUACGGGAAGCAGCCUUGGUUCCAGCUGGGCAACAACGAGGUUAUUGAGUGCAUCACCCAGGGCCGGGUGCUGGAGCGGCCACGGAUCUGUCCUAAGGAGGUGUACGACAUCAUGCUGGGCUGCUGGCAGCGGGAACCGCAGCAGCGGCUGAACAUUAAGGACAUUCAGAAGGUCCUGUUUGCCAUGGGAAAAGCCACGCCGGUCUACCUGGACAUCCUGGGCUAGCAGCCCCCC